CGACUCCAGAAUGUCUCCAGCAUGUCUCCAGAAUGGAGAAUAAUCCAGGAACACAGAUCACAACACCUGCCCCUUUCUGCAGGCCAAAAAAGGGGUUUGCACGGCUUGCUGUCGGGAGUUGCUGAGCCUCCAUCCACGUGCAGACACCGACCGGUGCGACCCCAGAUUUUUGCCGUCUUGUCGCCUGGCAUACCCGGCUGAGGUCGGUUUAAGGGAGUGUGUCUGGUGGUGUCUGAUACUAGCGGGGAGGCCCGGAAUCUUAUCGGGGCUUGAAAGCCCAGCACUUAUCCCUGCCAAAAAAACCCAACAAAAGCUAGCUACAGCGGUGAACCCUUCAGAAAAAAAAAAUAUUGGCUCCAGAAACACCAACCUGCACGUGUGAAGUUCUUUGGCUGUCAGCCAGCGCCGAGCCUGAGCCUUCUCACGCGAGCCUUGGCUUGGCUCCCACGCUCCCUGCCCUCUUCCGUGUUCCGUCUUUGUCCUCUUGAACUCCCACCGCCCGGCACGUGACCAACGAACUGUCUUUGUUGUUUGCAGACGGAUGGCUCUCGGCAUCUCUCAAACGCCUAGACAGCUAGGCCACCACCAACCUCCCACCGACUUCCCCCCGCGCUGACAAGGUGACAUGACGACAUUUGAUCGCCCCCCUCCGAUCCAGUUGCCCCCCAAAGAUUCCGAACAUGACGCAUGAGCAUUGAACCCUCCCCCACUGGGGGACCGUUGGCCAAUAUCAGGGCAGAAAUUGACCAACAGCAGCAGGUUGGUCUUGACUCUUGAACCUAGCCAGUGACGAAACCCAAGUCCCCUUCAUCCCCGGCAGUCCCCACUAGCGCCAAGCACUGCCGAGCCCGCCAAGGGCUGCACAUCGAGGUUGGACCUUCCAUCCGUGGACAGAACCCACAGGCAAGGAUGUCUCUUCCAGGAACCUUAGUGGCUAUCUUGCUCUCCAGGUUUGCCUCCGUUCGGUUCGUGGAUUGCGCUAGGAAGCUGGAGAUGGCAUUCGGUGAAGAAGCAAAAAGUCGUAUAACACGUCAUGGUCUCCCGCCCGUCUGAAGACCCUCCUUCGUCCCUUCGUCCCUGCUUCUACAUUCUCAACUCCAAACACAGACAGACACACCUGACGGUAUCGAGCUCCCCCACCCCCGUCGACACCACGCAGACCCCCCCUCCGAGGUCUGGUUAGACCCAACGCACUUUCCAAUAUGUCGCAACCUGCGGACCCCGAAAAAGCUUCGGGUGGCGGGCACAUCUCGGGCCAGUCCAACAAGCCAUUGAGUCGCCCGGCCCAUGCCCUGUCUCACCAACAGGUUGCCCACGAACUCAAUGCCGAUACCCUCUCCGGUUUGACCGCCGCCGAGGCCCAGAGCCGCAUCAAGGAGUUUGGACGCAAUGAGCUUGGUGAGGGUGAGGGCGUUCAGCCUCUCAAGAUUGUCAUUGCUCAGGUUGCCAAUGCCAUGACCAUGGUGCUUAUCCUGGCCAUGGCUGUCAGUUUUGGAAUUGGCUCUCACAUUGAGGGUGCUGUCGUUGCCUUUGUCAUUUUGCUCAAUGUCGUCGUCGGUUUCUUCCAGGAGUACUCUGCCGAGAAGACCAUGGACUCCCUCCGUUCGCUGUCCUCACCUACCGCCUCUGUUAUCCGUGGCAGUGAGGCCACCGUUGUGCCUUCUGGCGAGCUCGUUCCCGGCGAUUUGGUUGAAGUCAAGAUGGGUGACACCAUCCCCGCCGAUAUUCGUUUGAUCGAAGCCAAGAACUUUGAGACCGACGAAGCCCUUCUCACUGGCGAAUCCCUCCCCGUUCGCAAGCGUGUCGACGACGUUUUUGACGACAACACUGGCCCCGGCGAUCGCCUCAAUGUUGCCUACAGCAGUUCCACCGUCACUAAGGGUCGUGCCAAGGGCAUUGUGUUCGCCACAGGCACCUUCACCGAGAUUGGUGCCAUUGCCUCCGCCCUGAACAAGAAGGACUCGCGUGUCCGCCCCGUCAAGCGCAAGCCGAAUGGCAAGGCCGGUCCCCAUCGUUAUCUCGAAGCCUACACGCUGACCCUCGGUGAUGCCGUUGGUCGCUUCCUCGGUGUCAACGUGGGUACUCCGCUGCAGCGAAAGCUCAGCAAGCUUGCCAUGCUUCUCUUUGGCAUUGCCGUCGUCUGCGCCAUCAUUGUGCUUGGUGCCAACGAGAUGCGCACCCCGAAAGAGGUCAUCAUCUACGCUGUGGCCACUGGUCUUUCCAUGAUUCCCGCCUCGUUGGUUGUCGUCCUUACCAUCACCAUGGCUGCUGGCACCAAGCGCAUGGUUGCGCGCAACGUCAUUGUUCGUAACCUCAAGGCUCUCGAGGCUUUGGGUGCCGUCACCGAUAUCUGUAGUGACAAGACCGGUACCCUCACUCAAGGCAAGAUGGUGGCGCGUGGCGCCUGGAUCCCCGGAAUGGGCACCUACACUGUCGAGCUUACCUCCAGCCAGCCUUUUAACCCCACCCAGGGCGAUAUUCGCUUUGUCCAGAAGCAGCCCCACGAGAUCAACUUCGGCUCGCAGUCUGAAAAGGACGACGAAUCGACCAACCCCAAGGGCCCCAUCACCAAGAUCCAGCAGCUCCUCUCCGACAGCAAGGCUCGCCUUCACGAAUUCCUCACCAUCGCCUCGCUGGCCAACCUCGCCACCGUUUUUGAGAAGGAUGGCGACUGGCACGCUCGCGGCGACCCUACCGAGAUUGCCAUCCAGGUGUUUGCCAGCCGCUUCAACAGAAACAGGCUCGACGUCAUGAACGGUGACAAACCCGAGUGGAAGGAGGUGGCCGAGUUCCCCUUUGACAGCGAUGUCAAGCGCAUGAGUGUGAUUAUGGAGCACACCACCACGAACGAGCACUGGGCCUUCACCAAGGGUGCCGUCGAGAGAGUGAUUGGUGUUUGCACCCGGUACUGCGACAGCGAUGCGGCCGAUGGCGAGAGCUCCGAGGUAGAAAUGACCGACGAGUUCCGCCAGCAGAUCCUGCGCAACAUGGAAACAUUUGCCUCCCAGGGUCUGCGUGUGCUGGCUCUUGCCGGAAGGAAGCUGCCUGCCGGUGCCCAGUUCACCGAGGACACCCCCCGUGAACAGGUCGAGCAGGACCUCACUUUCCGUGGCUUGAUUGGUCUCUAUGAUCCCCCUCGUGCGGAAUCUGCCCCUGCUGUGCGCGAGUGCCACGAGGCCGGCAUUUCCGUGCACAUGCUUACUGGUGACCACCCGGAGACGGCCAAGGCGAUCGCUAUUGAAGUCGGUAUCCUGCCCAAGAGAAUGGAGCGGGUUAGCGCCGACGUGGCCGCCUGCAUGGUGAUGACGGCCUCCGAGUUUGAUGCUUUGAGCGACGAGGCGGUUGAUAAGCUCCCCGUGCUGCCCCUGGUCAUUGCUCGUUGCGCCCCCAGCACUAAGGUUCGCAUGAUUGAUGCCUUGCACCGCCGCGGCAAGUUCUGCGCAAUGACUGGUGAUGGUGUGAAUGAUUCUCCCUCCCUCAAGCGCGCCGACGUUGGUAUCGCCAUGGGCGAGUCCGGUUCCGAUGUUGCCAAGGAUGCUUCCGACAUUGUUCUCACUGAUGACAACUUUGCCUCCAUCGUCGCUGCCAUUGAGGAGGGCCGCCGUAUCUUUGACAAUAUCCAAAAGUUUGUGCUUCACGUGCUUGCUGAGAACAUCGCCCAGGCCGGUACCCUCCUCAUCGGUCUCGCCUUCAAGGAUCGUUCUGGCCUCUCCGUUUUCCCUCUCGCACCUGUCGAAAUCGUCUGGAUCAUCAUGGUCACCUCUGGUCUUCCCGACAUGGGUCUUGGUUUUGAGCGCGCCGUUCCCGAUAUCAUGCGCCGUCCUCCACAGAGCCUCAAGACGGGCAUCUUCACCCUCGAGUUUUGCGUGGAUAUGGUUGUGUACGGUCUCUGGAUUGCCGCUUUAUGCUUGGCUUCCUUCGUGCUCAGAGUGUACGCUUGGGGCGACGGCAGCUUGGGCGAGCGUUGCAACGAGGAGUAUUCCGAGGCCUGCGAAACUGUCUUCAAGGCUCGCGCCACCACCUUUGCCUGCCUUACCUGGUUCGCCCUGUUCUUGGCUUGGGAGUUGGUCGACAUGCGCCGGUCCUUCUUCCGCAUGCAGCCCGGCAGCACCAAGUACUUUACCCAGUGGUUCCAUGACGUCUGGAGAAACCAGUUCCUCUUCUGGGCCAUCGUCGGUGGCUUCGUCACGCUCUUCCCUGUCGUGUACAUUCCCGUGCUCAACACCAAGGUCUUCAAGCACGUCGGAAUUACGUGGGAGUGGGGCAUCGUCUUCAUUGCGGCUGGUCUGUUCUUUGCUGGUGUCGAGCUGUGGAAGUUUGGCAAGCGCGUGUACUUCCGCCGCACGGCCAAGAAGACCACGGGUAAACAGUGGAAGGACCUGGACAUUGAGGAGAGAGUGUUUGGUGAAUAUUUGAGCAGCGGGUAUGAGUCCUCGGAGAGCCGCCUUCCGGAUACCGGACGGGAUUGACUAAAAAGGGGCGGGAAGCCCCGGGUGAUGGCCGUGUCUCGCGCUGAUGAUCGUGUUGUGUGCGAUUGUGAGAGGUUAGGGGAAAAGACCCAGGGAUGUGCGGGUCUGGAGGCCGAGGAGGAGGAGGAGAUGGUUGGUCCUGGUGGUUAUCCCCAUUUGCAUUUUACGUUGCAGCAAGGAGGAAAAGAGAAUUUCAAGACAUGGUACAGAGCUGCUCUGCAGUCAACAUGUCUCCGGUACCAGUAUCUAGCACCUGUAGAUUGGCAAUACAUAUUAUGCUGGCAUCUGUUUUCUCGUGCAUGUUGUGAUGGUCACCUACAAGACUGCUCAUCAAGAUGUUGGUGGAGGAGGUCUUUGCUCAAAGUACGCCACCGGAAUUUGA